CGAGCUGACAGUCACCCCGUCCAUUUUGCGUGUUGAGUGUUGUGUUGUGAACGUUGUGAACAAAUAAAUAAUUCCUCAUUGUUGCGAUUGCGACCGAUAAGCGACUUAUCGCCGAUUGCCUACUGUUGAAGUAAAUAAUCCGUGCGUGUGUUGCGAUGGUGUGAGAGAAUCCAUAUAUGCAAUGCAACCUUGAUGCAAAACCGAUUCUGGACUGAAUAAUCCGUAAUCUUUAAUCCGUUGAAAAAAUCAGCUGGACGCAAGAAUGGCGCAUUUCGGUUCCAUGAACGGUAACAGACCGAAGCGGUUUUCUAUCGACGAUGCGUUCGAGGAAGAAACUGAUGAGGCGAUCAAAGUGUACGGGGCCACCACACAGCGCACACCUGUGGGGGGCAGUCCCGAUUGCACGAGUGUUAAAAUAGAUGGCAGAAACUAUAAACUAGUAAACGAAGCGUCAAGGGACUCAGACUCUCUCAUUCAGGACUGUUAUGACUCGUCAUCACAAGAGAACCUCAGUCGGUCGUGUUUCCGCCACCCAAAGGUGCGAGAGAAUUGGCGCAUGGUGCUCGCCGCCACGACGCUUCUCUUCAUCGGCAUUGGUUUACUGGCAACCGGGGCGCUUGCCCUGGCUGAACCUGCCGCCGGCCUGCAGGGCGCCGUCUUCCUGCUUGCCGGAUUCAUCUGCUUUGUACCCGGCGCGUAUCAUGUCGUCUACAUUUACCUGGCAGCGAAGGGAAAGCGCGGAUAUCAUUUUCACAAUCUACCGCUUUUCACCUGAACACUCAACAAUCACCUAAACACGUAAAAACAAAUGAGUAAUGUUAGGUUAUAAAUACUAAAAUAUAAGUUAAGCAUGCAAAGUGAAGUUUAUUUUUUACUACCGUACGCAUAUUUGCAAUUUUGUGAAAAUUUGAAACAAUCAAAUAAAUUAUUGUAAGCCAAA